AGAACAUUAAUGAUGAACUGGAUUUACGGAUAGCCAGUGUGCUCCAAAGUACAGGGCAUUGUUAUGAUGGUGGCCUAUGGACUGAUUCUGUAAAUCAUGACCCAGCAGAUAGCAGAAGACAUGUAGCUAUAGUCACAACUGCUAGUCUUCCUUGGAUGACAGGAACAGCCGUAAAUCCACUAUUCCGAGCAGCAUAUCUGUCCAAGUCUGCAAAACAAAAAAUAACACUAUUGGUUCCGUGGCUUUGCAAAUCAGACCAGGAGCUAGUUUAUCCCAACAAUCUUACCUUCAGUUCUCCAGAAGAUCAGGAGAACUAUAUACGGAACUGGUUGGAGGAAAGGGUUGGUUUCAACGCUGAUUUCAAGAUCUCCUUUUACCCGGGAAAGUUCUCAAAAGAAAGGCGGAGUAUAAUACCUGCUGGUGACACGACACAGUUUGUUUCUUCAAAGGAUGCUGACAUUGCUAUACUAGAAGAACCUGAACACCUAAACUGGUAUCAUCAUGGCAGACGGUGGACUGAUAAAUUUAAUCAUGUUGUUGGUGUUGUCCAUACAAAUUACUUGGAGUAUAUAAAGAGAGAGAAAAAUGGGGCUCUCCAAGCGUUCUUUGUUAAACACAUUAACAAUUUGGUCACCAGAGCAUACUGCCACAAGGUUCUUCGUCUUUCUGCAGCAACUCAGGAUCUACCAAAGUCUAUCAUUUGCAAUGUCCAUGGUGUGAAUCCCAAGUUUUUAGAGGUUGGAGAAAAAGUGGCAGUAGAAAGGCAACUUGGGGAGAACUCUUUUCCUAAGGGAGCAUAUUUCUUAGGAAAGAUGGUCUGGGCUAAAGGAUACAAGGAAUUGAUAGAUUUGUUGGCGAAGCACAAGAAUGACCUAGAGGAUCUUAAGCUGGAUGUCUUUGGAAAUGGAGAGGAUGCACAUGAAGUCCAGUCUACUGCCAAAAAGUUAGAGCUGAACCUCAAUUUUCUGAAGGGGCGGGACCAUGCUGACGAUUCACUUCAUGGCUACAAAGUCUUCAUAAACCCUAGUGUCAGUGAUGUUCUAUGCACUGCAACAGCAGAAGCCCUUGCAAUGGGAAAAUUCGUGGUCUGUGCAGACCACCCAUCCAAUGAUUUCUUCAGAUCAUUCCCCAACUGUUUGACUUACAACACGUCGGAGGAUUUCGUUGUCAGAGUAAAAGAAGCAUUGGCUAAUGAGCCUCAGCCUCUUACACCUGAGCAGAGAUACAACCUCUCCUGGGAGGCUGCAACUCAGAGAUUCAUGGAUUAUUCUGAGCUAGACAAAGUCUUGAACAACACUGAGGAGAGUGCAGAAUCAAGCACAGGUAGUAGAAAGAUGACCAAAUCAAUUUCAAUGUCUAAUUUGUCAGAGGUGGUUGAUGGGGGUCUGGCUUUUGCCCAUCACUGUUUCACUGGAAAUGAAGUUUUGAGGUUGGCCACGGGCGCGAUACCUGGUACACGAGAUUAUGGGAAGCAGCACUGUAAGGAUCUUCAUUUGUUGCCACCACAUGUAGAAAAUCCUAUCUAUGGUUGGUAGACUACUUUGACCAAUUUGUAGCAGUAGCAGUUUCUCUUGUGUAUAAUAGUCAUGCUGUAUAUUUAGGCUGUUGUUUUAGUUAGUUUCAGCCUUUCAGGUCUCUUGGCUAUCCUCUUUAUAAUUAUUUUCCACAUUAAUCCAAAUUUUGCUUGUAGUUCUCCUUUAUUCUUUACUCUAUACAAUAUUAAUGUAUAAAUAUUUUAGCUUGAA